CCUCGACCCGACCGCGAAGGAACCCACGAGCAUCACCAGCGCCAUCCAUUGCGCCUGCCCCGCACCCACAAUGGCCUUCCGACCGCUGCUCCGGCAGCGCCUUGCUCCCGUCUGGGCCGUUGCGGCAGCCGCUGCGCCCAUCUCGCUGGCUUCGCCGCCCGCCGGCGACGCCCUCCCCGACGCUCUGAACCGGAAACCCAUCUACGACGAUGCGCCGCUGGACACGACCGAGCCCACGCCCGCCGCGCCCGCCGCGCCCGCCGCGCCCGCCGCGCCCUCGACGCCCGCCUCGGAUGCUCCCUACCGCCCGACACCCACCGACCGUCUUGCCGUCCAGAUAGGCAAGGCCCGCCUUGCGCUGCACCAGCAAGCCGUCCGCGCCGAGGACGCCGUCAACGAUGCCUUGACCGAAACCCUCCGCCUCGAGCACUCCUUCACCUCCACCAUCCGCUCCCUGGCUCCGCCCAAAGAGUCGGGCGAGCGAGUGUUCCCCGGCGUGCUUUACGUCCUCGUUGCCAGCAUGGCCGGAAGCAUCGUAACUCGCAACCGCAACAUCCUCCUCCGCGCCACCGUCCCGGCUGCCAUUGGCCUCGGUGCCGCAUACGCUGUGCUCCCCCUCACCAUGCAGAAUGUCGGCGAUCUGGCAUGGAAGUACGAGAAGAGGUACCCCGUCUUGGCCGACGCCCACUUGCGCACCAAGGAGCGCGUGACGUCCAUCUGGGAGACCGGAAAGGCACAUUCAGCCAUGUCGGUCGGCAUGAUCCAGGACAAGGUUGCCGAGACGCGGUCCAACAUGGAGGACUGGGUAAAGAAGGGGAGGUAGGUGUUUUCGGACGGUGAAAUAAAAAGUCGGAACCUUCCGGGACCCUGUAAUCGACUGUAUCAGUAACAUAGACGCGAGGAUAGCCUGGACCUGCAAUGAGACACAUUGAAUUCCCUUUGUCGAGCGUAGCCUUGAAGACCAGAUCCUGCUCCAUUUUCUCAUGCCACCCACGACUGGUUGAGCUUGCCACCUUUUACAGAGUCGCAUUUUGUGGCAAAAGGUAAACACAACGACAGAUCCAUCUGUU